AUGCUCUUCACGUUGUCUCGCCGGUCGCUAGCUCUCGUGCUCCUUGUACUGCAGCUGGCUGUUGCAGUUGUGAAGGCAACAUCAGCUGUCGAGAUUCUCUCUCAGGUUCCGUCCUGUGCUUUCGAAUGUAUUAGCAGCACAUUUCUCAUGUCUGCCUGCGACCCAGAAGACGUGACUACGUGUAUCUGUCCUAGCAUCCCCAUACAAGCGGAAUUAUCGGCAUGUGUGCAAACACACUGUCGCUUUGACGAUCAGCUGACUGCCGCGGCGGUUGAGGGAGUCUUAUGCGAAGCGUACCCCAAGGAAUCGCGGAGAGCGGAAGUCCGACGUACGCUCAUCAUCAGCUGCAGUCUCGUUUUUCUCAUUGUAGCACUUCGCCUUUUUACGCGGAUGAAGUAUGCUGGCGGCCUGUGGCCGGACGACUAUAUGACUAUCUUCGCGGCAGUCCUUCUCAUUACCCUGACUGCAGUUUACUUGCAUAUUACAAGCCUUGGUUUCGGUAUGCACUAUUGGACGAUCCCCGUCGGAAACGGCAUUGUCAUCCGCAAGAUGCUUUACGUCGGCAAUUUAGUCUACACCGUCCUACAAGCUGCUGUGAAACUGUCGAUCGUGCUUUUCCUCAGCCGCAUCUUCCCAUCGCAAACCUUUCAGCGGAUCGCUCAGGGCAUCGAGAUCAUACUCGUGCUUCACGGCACGAUUUUCACCAUCCCAUUUGCGGUGCAGUGCACACCGGUACAAUCGAUCUGGGAUCGGACCAUCACCGACCGUCGCUGUCUAAACUUACAGGCGGUAGGAUACAGCAGCGGCGGACUCGCCAUGGCGGAAGAUAUUGCCAUCUUACUCCUGCCGAUCCCCCACGUUUGGCAGCUGAAGAUUUCUCUCCGGCGGCGCCUCGCAGUUAUCGCCCUCUUCAGCGUCGGUUCCUUGCGCUUGCGUGACAUCAGCCAUCCGUGUUAA